AUGGAACUAGUGGGCGACAUGUCCGGGUUGGAGUAUGAAUACCGUGAUCUUGUUUUGGGAGUUGACUAUCCCGCUGAUUUUUCCAGCGAUUUUCAACUCCACCGUGUUGAAGCAAGGCAGUCUGAGCCGGCAAGAGACUACAUCCUUGCUUGGGACUUCGGCCUAAACCCGUAUGAAUCUGCCGAGCAUUGGACUUUACCGCUGUCAACGAGGGAUUUGGGUCGCCCGAGUGCUGGCAGGAACACGCCUUCCUCCGUCGAUGCACAAGCCCGAUUGGACCGCGUCAAUCGUCAUUUUCGGAGGAAGGCUGGUGCCGUGUUCAAUGAUGACGACGCGGUGCGUUUACUGGCUCGGCUAUAUGCCGAUUCGGUUAUCGAGAUAGCCGGGUUCAACUUCUGUGAGGACGGCCGAUCGUUGGCCAAGCUCACUGCCGCGAACUUCUGUGAGAUCGGGGCCAAUGGCGUAUAUAUCACUGAUCGCGGCAGACAGUUUAUCGACACGCUGAACGCCGCAUGA